AUGUAUCAAAAUAUUGAAAAUAUAACAAGAGAUAUUGUACGUAUAAAUCAAACUCUUUUAUUAGCAAAGCACGCAAGGUAUCGGCGAUGGCCAAGAAGUAUUAUACAUUUCAUUGCUUUAUACUUCAACAAUUGUUGCAUUCAUGGGUUCCGAUAUCUUGUCAAAGCAAUGCUUGUUGUCUUUGAAAAAUUCCUGUGGCUUGUCUUGUUGUUUGUCUCAAUAUAUUUCUGUAUUGUUGUCUGCUUAUCAUCUAUUGAUCGUUACUAUACGAAAAGCACACAUAUCGGAUUGGAGCGGAACUAUUACUUUUGGAAUACCACGUUACCAAGUGUAACAAUAUGUCCAAUGCAUCGCCUAGAUAGCGCCUUGUUUGCUGAUUAUUGUCGGAAAAAUGGCAUUAAGGGAACACAAAAAACUGUUUUCUGGGACUUCCUAGAGAACUUGGCCAAUUCUACUUACAUUAAUUUUCAAAACAUUCCCGAGAGCGAUCAGAUCGAUCAAAUAAUUAAGGACAUAGGCCUAAAGCCGGAACACUACAUGGAUGUUAUCUACAAUCUUACCUUUGACUCAACCUACGAUCCAUUUGAACAAAACCGCACCCGCUGUGUUGAUGGUCAGACUUACAUUCAUGUCCGACAGGUUCUCACUGAGUACGGAUUAUGCUACCUGGGAAAUACUAGGCUAGGCUUAAUGUAUAGUUCCCGGUAUUUAAUAUUCGGAAAGUAUCCCGAGUUUAACAAAUACGAGCACCAACGUAAGUUACUCCCCCAUGUGGAGGGAUCCUUUUUUGUACCGGACGUUGAAUAUACGGUAGUGGGCUUUACUAGCCCUGCCAUAGAUAGUUACAUUCAUUCUGCAUAUGAAGUAAUGAAGGUGGACGCCAAUUUUGGUUAUACAAGUGAUGGAAUGGUAUUCGAUCCUUACCUUGAAGAGAUUACUGCUGAGGAUAACCUAGAAAGGCAUACCACAGUGUCAAUGAGAAAAUGUCGCUUUCACCACGAAUCAAAUUUGACCCAUUUUCCAUUCUAUACUAGAAAUGUUUGCAUGCAAGAGUGCCGUCUCAAUUUGGCAUAUAAAUUGUGCAAAUGUAUUCCCCAUUUCUAUCCUAAUCGCAUCACAAACCCUAAAAAGGUGUGCGAUUACAAAACUUUAAGAUCGUGCUUUCCUCGUUAUACCAGUAAUUUUCUUCAACUCUACGAGAAAAACGGAAGUGAUAAGAAGACCCGUGUUUGUUAUUGUGAACAGAACUGCAUUGAUUCAGUAGUUACAAUGAGGACCGCCCUUCCACUGUUAGACUCAAAAGAAUUACUUCAAAGUAUUGGAUGCAAAGUAUCCGUCAAAAGAUGGCCACAGAAUCGACUAAAGCGACAAGUUAUAUUUUCACUGACCGAUCUAUUAGUUUCAAUCGGGGGAACGGCAGGACUAUUUCUUGGAUUCAGUGUUUUGGGAUUGGUUGAAGUUUUAUACUUCUUUACAAUUAGGUUAAUCUGGCAAUCAUUGGGUUACACCCUCUAA